AUGGGGAAUCCUCCUGUUCUUGAAACGCACAAUGCCAGUAAUAAUACUGCUACGAAGAAGGAGAAGAGGAGAAGACGGAUCCAUCCUAUCCGGCGCAUCGCAAGGUUGAUUCUUGGCAGUGGAAAGCAGCAGAAGAAAGAGGAUGUGAGACGACUUGGUGACCAGUUGGAGGAAGGAAGGACAUGCCAUGGCGCAUCCAGAUGGCACAAUCUAUUACCAUUUCUCGAGCCGCUGUUUGCCCUGGACCCAAAGUUGUCCUUCAUCGAAGACCGCAUCCUCGGUCGAACCGCGCCAACGACAACGCCUCACGAUGAUGCCAACUUCACUCUCCCGAAAGACCUCAACUCGCUAAAGAAUGCAGUUGAAGAAGCAGACCUCCCUUGUACCUGCGACGAAUGCGCCCCCAAACUCUACAAAAUCAGCACUCUAGCUUCCCAUGGCACGAUAGAAGACCGGCGGAACCGGCCCUCACAGACACAAUCCAAGCACAACCGGUCGUUUUCCUACCAGAAUGACAAAAAGACGAUCGGUCUCGGACCGCAACUCACACUCAGAUUCCAUGGUACCUACGAAACAAUGACAUUAGUACGGCAUCACAUCGCUUGGCUGGACGCAACGUAUCUGCAUCCAUCCGCACGCCCCACGCCAUCUGUACACCACCUCCGCAGCCUGAUAGCGACCUGGCAUCCGCACAUCACGUCACCUGAUCUCCGAAGCUCCCUCUCGACAAGUCAACUAGGCGACCUUUUUACGCAUCUGAACCGAAUUUUCUUCUCGGAUCAGGUACCGCCGCAUAACAAGACGUUAAGCGCGGGGUUCAGCUACCUGGAUGCAAGGCAGACAGAGUGUUUUGGCAAGAGUUUCUACAACCCGUUAGUCGGGACACAGGUGCUUUUACAUCCGGUGCUGUACCGCGGGUGCUUUCAAUACCAGAAUCUCGGUCAUCAUGAUAGUCUCGAUCCUACCAUACAACGACGGCAACAACAGCAAAUAUCGACACGCCUGCACAACCGCCUUGGGACUCUCCUCCAUGAAAUGUGUCACGCGUUUCUCAAAGCAUACACGUGUCGUUCUUGCUCGAUGCACGAUUCUUGUAUCGGGCCGCUAGGCCAUGGACGCGCGUGGCAGAUGCUGGCGAAGAAGAUUGAGCAGGUUGCUACUGUAGUUUUGGGAGGGACGGUUGACAUGGGGAGGUUUCCUAGUCUGCUGAGGGAUUGUGAGGGGAGUGGACGGUUGCCUAGUGUGCAUGAUCUGGAGGUUUUCGGGAUGAACGGUGGCGGGUGUGCGAGUGGGACCAACACAAUGGCCAUGUUUCGCGACUUCUCCUUCGACCCGGCGUCGUCUCCCGACUACUCCCUCUACGAGGCCGAACGGGCGGCCAUGAAUGUGUCGCCCACGUCACCAGCCAUGGACCCGCAUUACUCGCCAAAUCGGCCACCCACUCCACCAUGCACCAUGGGCGACCUCGCCGUGCAACUCAACCAGCAAAGCCUCCGCAUCGACACCAACACCAACACCAACACCCGCUGCUAUCCCCCUGGCCCCCUUACUCCAGCGAGCGACGAUGACGAGUGCGCGCCGUCCACCAAGCAAGAACAGCAGGCGCGACCCACCUAUUCGCGCGUCGCAGCUUCCGUCCUGAGGAUGCAACGUCAACAAAACUCGCGCAUGCAGUGCAGCCCAUCGCACGCUCGCGAUCUCUCCAAGCUGGUCAAGAUGAUCGAGGAGGAGCAGCAAUGCACCGUCAACGAGCCGUCGUCGCGGACAAGCUCCACAUCGUCAACAUCUACAUGCCCACUGGUCCCUUCAAAAGACGACGAGGGCGUCGACAUGGACUACGACGCUCCCGCGCAAGCCGCUGAGGGACUCUUCGGCAUGCCAGUAUGGAGAGCAGGUGACCGUCGCGACAGCUGCGUUCGCGUCACCAGACCUGUGCGCAUGCGAAAGCGGUCCAAGGGCAACGGCGGUUUUGGAGAAAUCAGCACCUACCAGAGUCUACGGUAUGAGUACCAGAAUCCUGCAGACAACGUCGCCUUCGCCAUCUACCGCCACGAAUCCUCGGCCCAGAGCGCUCUCGAUGCCUCACCCAUUCGCUUCGCCCUCGAAACAUCUACGGCCACCGAAGACAACGCCAGCACCGAAUCCCACUACACCGGCCAAGAAGACCAAGAAGAUCAAGAAGAUCAAGAAGAUCAAGAAGAUGCGUCAACCGACCACAUGCCCCAAAAAGCAGGCAUCGACGAAAUUCUCCGCCCUUCCCAGCUCCUAAACCGAACCUCUGCUGAAACCCACCGGUCCACUCCAUCAGCGCCACCCAAACCAAUGCCCUUCGACCCACCACCCGCCUCCCCAAAACAAAAGAAAUGGACAAAAUGGUUUCAGGUCACUGUUGAUCGUACGCGCGCGGUCCAUCAAGAUUUCAUCGAGCGGCAGCCGUAUUGGAAACAGUUCAGCCCUAUGAGGAGCAUGGCACAGGCUGAUUUGGAGAAAAAGGUGCCGCAUAUUGGGUUGAGCGAUAUCAGCAAGAGGCCGCCGAAUGCGUAUCGGACACCUACCAGGGUGCUGAAGACUAUGAACCAGAUGGAACUGGGCUUUGAUGAUUUCAGCUCCGAACAAUGGCAAGCCCACAACCUGUUCAAAUCACUGGUUGAGGAUAAAUCGGAUAAAGCCCUGUUGAAGAGGCUAGGAAAGACAGAUGGAAGACAAGUCUCGCAAGAUGAGAUGAAGCUGCUGAUCAAGACUUUCUCAACGAUUUUCUUCCCUACUACGCCGUCGGACGUUCAGAUGGAACUGGACUUCCAGUGGGAGGAUUGGAGAAACACGCCAGGUGAAAUCGGCUCAUACUGCACCAAUGGUACCGACAUGCCUUGGAUCAGCAUGUGUGCUUUUAACGUUGACAAGGAAGUACCGAGCUACGCUGCCAUGGGCCGAUUUUGUAAUCCGUUCAGUCCUCGCCGAUCCACAAUCGCAGUUGCAGAGACCACACCUGGACCUACCGCAGAGGGACCACCGCCAGACGACCACACAACGGCGACACGAAGCCAUCACGCACCCCACCCCUCAGUGGGUACGAUUCCAGACAGGCUUGAUGACAUACGAGACUAUGUGCGUGGUGUGAGCACCUAUAUCCAUUGGUUUCAAAGCCUCACUGAACACGAGCGAUCAAAUGUAGCGCGAGUUACAGAGGUCAAGCGCGAGUUGAAGCUUGCACACCGAAAUCUAGAGAAGCUUGAUGCUGACAUGUACUGCGAACUUGGGGACGAGACCGAGGCGCUGGUCAAAGAUGCUAUGAGGCAUGCUUGGCAGUCAUACAGAAGCGUAGUGAAGCUCGAAGAAAAGUUGAGAGGUUCAAACGGCGGCAGUAAUUCCGGUGUGAAGUUGCGUAGGAUAUCGGGAUCGCAGAAUGAACGGAACACAUCGACGGAUCAUGGGAAAGUCGAAGCAUACACCCGCAGCGAUACGAUGGAAGUAAAGCAAGCGCUCCACAAGACCCUUGACGUGCGACGGCAAGCUGCUGAAGGCAACCGCGAUGGAAAUCCAUACCUUAUGUCUGGUGCUCUUCCGGUCGAGGAUAGGUCUCCGCAGAUCGAAGUUCAGAGAGCAGGGCGAGCUUAUGCUCUCGAAGCGCUGAGGCAGUUACCGCAUCUCCUUGCCCACGGAGCGCCGUCGCAAUGCUCAGAAAGCCUCCACCUACCUGCAACGAAUCCCCAAAAGAUCCCACAGCCCAGAGACGAAGUCAAGGUUCGAGUGCAAGAGGAAGAGGCCAACACGGACUCUGUCCUGCGCAACCCAUACAAAGUGCGACGAGGCAGCUGCAACGGCUUCAUGAUUACAGAAAUGACGAUGCAUGCGAUCGAGGAUACUCGCUUCGUGUUGCCUUACCUGCACUACAUGAAGGUCCAUGAGCUGCGGGCCAUCAAGGAAUGGCUGGGUAAUGCGGGGUUCAUUGUGAGCUCUGGUUCAAUGAGUCGCACGGAAAAGGCCCUACUCUGCAUACAGCUCCUACAGACUGGCUGUCGAUACGAAACGUUGGCCGUGAUCCACUCGCGUUCGCCACACGAGGUCAUGGAGUCGUGCAACGAAGUCAUGCAAGCUUUGUUGAAAUGGCAUCGUAUGACAGUUGAUGAUGAUGACAUAGGGAACCAGGCCGAGUAUAUUGUUCUCUGGGGCAUCUGGCAUAAGUACACCGUCUCGGAUGGAAAGGCAGGAGAAUACUUUGGGUUCGACUGGACGUGUCUUGCCAAAGUUCUGGUGUCACUCAACGUGUACAUGGGCCGCUGGCGCAUGCAGGGCAAGUUUGCCAUGGACGGUCCGGCAUUCGCAUGGGGCAAGUUCUUCGUGCCGAACGACAGCAGAUGCGUCCUGGAUACGAGAGACGGGGACCAAGGAGGGCGCUACCCUCUCAACACCACAGGAUGUCCAGACAUGGAGGCGCUCGGCGGAAACGUCACCUUCAACUGGAACAAGACUGGCAUCCCGAACGAUGACAAGGUCUGGAAGAUGCCUAACCAGGGCAAGAUCGACUGGGUCGAGAAGGGUGCAACCUUCACCAUUGAGCGAUCUGGCGACUCCCCCACAGCCAACUCGGUGUUCUACAUGCUCUUUGGUCGCCUCGAGAUUGUCAUGAAGGUAGCCACGGGCACGGGUAUCAUCUCCAGUGCUAUCCUGCAGUCCGAGGCGCUCGAUGAGAUCGACUGGGAGUUCCGUGGCGAUAACAACAUGAUUUUGACCAACUACUUCGGCAAGGGUGACACGACGACCUACGAUCGCGGAAAAGACUUCGACCAAGGCUUCAACCCACAGGACGACUUCCACAACUACACUAUCGACUGGACCAAGGACCGCAUCGAGUGGUGGGUCGACGACAAACUGGUCAGGACACUGACCCCUAGUGAGGCUAAAGAUGGAACACGGUACCCGCAAACGCCCAUGAACGUCCGCCUUGGUUCAUGGGCUGCUGGUGACCCCAGCAAGAACGACCCUGGUGUUGUCGAGUGGGCUGGUGGCAAGACAGACUUUACCAAGGGACCAUACACCAUGACGAUUCAGUCUGUCUACGCGCAAGACUACACAAGCGCUGCGAAGUACUCAUGGGCUGACAUGGAUUCGUCUGGUGACUGGCAGAAGGUCAAGGUCAUCGAGGGAAAAUCCGAGGUGCUCGAAGAGAUUCAGUCUCCCCACGGUGUCAGGAACCGAUUCGAAACUCUUUCCAAGGGCGCCAAGAUCGGCAUCAUUGCUGGUGUCCUCGGAGCUCUAGCAAUUGGCGCGGCCGUCUUCCUAUUUUGCUUCAUCAAGAAGCGUCGCGAAGGCAAGAGAGAGCACCAGGCUCUCCUCGCUGAGGAGCAAAAGGAGGCUGCGGAGCUCAGCGAGUACAAGGCUCAGAUGCAAGCCGGCAGGUUUGCCAUGGGGUCCAACAACCGCGUCUAA